CAUCUUAUCCUAAAAAUUCACACACACACAGAAAAAGCUCAGUGAAAUGGCGGCAUCUUCUCCUCUUCUUCUACACUCCACGGCCUCCUCUUUCUACAAUGCUGAGUUUCCGGCGUACUCCGUUCGAUUGCCGGUCGGAAACCCUAAGCUCCGGUCGUCCAAUAAAUUGACGGUGAAAGCUUCAGCAAUAGUACUGGUGGAUAAAAGUGAAGCUGAAAAAGUUAAUCGUCUGAAAACAAAUUACCUCGAAAAGAUUGUGCCAUUGUUGAAGGAAGAAUUCAGUUACACCAAUAUUCUUCAGGUUCCGAAGGUCGAAAAGAUUGUGGUAAAUUGUGGUAUAGGAGAUGCUGCACAAAAUUCCAAGGGUUUGGAUGCAGCAAUGAAUGAUUUGGCAUUAAUCACAGGGCAAAGGCCUGUGAAGACUAGGUCUAAGAAUGCUAUUGCUACUUUCAAAAUUAGAGAAGGUCAACCGCUUGGAAUUGCUGUUACACUUCGAGGGAAUGUGAUGUAUUCGUUCCUUGACCGGUUAAUUAAUUUGGGGCUUCCUCGAACGAGGGACUUUCAAGGCGUAAACCCAAAUAGCUUUGAUGGUCAUGGAAAUUAUAGCAUUGGCUUUCGUGAACAGAGUGUCUUCCCAGAGCUAAGUUAUGAUGCUCUUGGUAAGCCAAGAGGAAUGGAUGUUUGCAUAACAACAACAGCUGAGACAGAUAAAGAGGCACACAGAUUGUUGGCUCUCAUGGGUAUGCCAUUUAGAGAAGGUGCUGGUGGACAGACAAUUUUUACGAAAAAGAAAAAGCUUAGAGCUCACCAUUUUGACUCGAAGGCGAAGCAAAGGUCUAGGAGAUGAGGUGGAUCCAAUCUCCAGGGAUAAUGAGUUGAUUUGUUGUAUUUUUUACUGUUCUGUGGUUUAUCAGUUGUUUUUGGCGUACAAUUUGAAUAGAAAAAUCUGUAAUUGCACAUUUACCAUCUGGUUGGUGAUAUCUUGAAGAUAUGUUAUUUAUGUUUUCCUCCUCUAAAAA